UGGGCGCGGCGGGCGGGGGCCGAGCGCCGCCGCGGCCGCUCCUCUCCCCUCCCCUCCCCCCGGGCCCGGCGGAUCGGGGCCGCACCGGCCCGGGGCCCGCGAGCGGCUCCGUCCCCUUCGCCCCCGUGCGGGGCCCGCGGCGGCUGCGCGCGGCCCCGCCAGUGCUCGUCCCGCGCCGAUGGCGCCGCUCUCGGCGGCGGCGCCUCCGCCUCCCCCCGCGCCGCGCGCCGCUUCCUCCCGCCGUCCCCUUCCGCUUCCGGGGUCAGCGCCGCCGCUGCUCGCUGAGCAGCCCCGUCCCGGGGCCCGGCCGGCACCGCCGGCAGCAGCCGCCGCCCCGCCGCCCCCAUGGCCACCAACCCCCAGCCCCCGCCGCCCCCGCCGCCGCCCCCUCAGCAGCCGCCGCCGCUGCCGGGGGCCGGGGCCGGCGCGGGGGGCGGCGCGGCCGAGCCCGAGCUGGUCUCCAUGAUCGUUAACCACCUCAAGAGCCAGGGGCUCUUCGACCAGUUCCGCCGCGACUGCUUGGCCGACGUGGACACCAAGCCUGCGUACCAGAAUUUGAGACAGCGCGUUGACAACUUUGUUUCCAAUCAUUUGGCAACUCAUACCUGGAGUCCUCAUCUCAACAAGAACCAGCUGAGAAAUAACAUUAGACAGCAGGUUCUCAAGUCUGGAAUGUUGGAAUCGGGAAUUGACAGAAUUAUUUCUCAGGUUGUGGACCCAAAGAUCAACCACACGUUCAGACCUCAGGUGGAAAAAGCUGUCCAUGAAUUUUUAGCUACAUUGAAUCACAAAGAGGAGGCAGGCCCCAGUACAUCUCCAAGUGAGGAGAGAGCAGAUGCUUCUGUUACAGUACAAGGUGUCUCUGCUACAACUCCAAGUGCUAAUGUAGCUAGUGAUGCAAUGUCCAUUUUGGAAACAAUAACUUCUCUUAACCAAGAAGCAAGUGCUGCCAGGGCUUCCACAGAGACCUCAAAUCCCAAGAACAAUGACAAAGUUGCAAAAAAACUCUCAUCUCAGCAGAGUGUGGAUGGUAGCACUGAUAAAGAAAGAAAUGCAGAGGACUUGCCGGACAGAGAGAAAGCAAUUUGUGACCUUUCUGGAGAAGGGGCUGAAACACUUGCAAAGUAUGAAGAUUUAAAUGAGCUUCCUUGCCAAAAUGAAGAAAUAAAAAAUUCAGCAAAGGAUACUAAUAUUUUGACUUUUACAAGUAAAGAUAUUCAACAGGAAAGUGAAGACAUAAAGAGUAAAUUAUUGGAGAAAUCUGACAGGAAACAAGAGAGCAGUGAAAAAAGUGAAAGAAGAAAAGAAAAGAAGGAAAAGCUUGACAAGAAGUCUGAUCAUUCAAGGAAAAGCGAUGAUACUACAAAGUCAAAAGAAGAAAAGCAAGCAAAAGAGUUGGAAUCAGGGAAACAGUUAGUUCCGGAAAAAAAUAGCAAUAAACAUAAAACAGCUGAAAGCACUAAAGAAGAAAAUAUGUUAAUAGAUUCAGAUACGGAUGUACUCAGUGACAUCACGGUCAGCUCUGUCCAUACCAGUGACCUUUCUUCCUUUGAAGAGGAGAGCGAAGAGGAGCCUGUCAUUUCUGACAGUACUGAAGAGGGGGAGAUCACAUCAGAUGAAGAGGAGAAGAGCAGUCACAGUAAGACGAAGGCCCAGGCGAACGAGGUGAGCGAUGGGAAGGCCAAGCCCGUUCGCCACGCGUACGUCCGCAAGCCUUUCCUGUACUCCAAGUACUUCAGCGACUCUGACGACGAGCGCACCGUGGAGCAGCGCCGUCAGUCCAUUGCCAAAGAAAAAGAAGAGAGACUCCUUAGAAGACGAAUUAACAGAGAGAGACUUGAAGAAAAACGUAAACAGAAGGCCGCAGAAAAGACAAAAUCCCUAAAAACUGGAAAUCAGAAUGCUAAAGGAAAAAGUGGCUUGCAAUUAGAAGAAUCUUCAUCAAAAAAUCUAGAGUCAAAAACUACUGGUACCAGCAUUAAGGAUGUGCUUAAAGAACAGAAAUUUUUGGAGAAAAAAGUGGCCCUGAGCAGAAAAAGAAAAAGAGAUUCAAGGCAUGCUGAAGAUAGUUACAGAAAGAAAAAUGAGCCAUCUGAAGAAGAUUCUAAAGAAAUGCAAAAGACAAAUGAGACUUGUGAAAAAAAUUCUUCCAAAGAAUUGAAGCACAAUCAUGGAAAAAAUGAAAUCUCUAAACAACUUAGAAGACUUUCAGAAUGGGGGCAUUCAGCUGAGGAAAGCAAAAAUGAUUCUAAAGCAGAAAAAGAACAUAAAAGAAAAACCUCCACUUCUCUUCAGGCUGAAGGAGCUCAGCAGGACAGUGAAACAAGGGAUCUGAAAAAACAACUGGAUAAAGUAGAAGUCAAUGCUGAAGAACCACAGAAGCAGAAAUCCAUAUAUAAGAAUGAAAAACAUCCCAAAAAAGAUACUGACGCAGAAAUUCAACAUAUGAGAAAUUCUGCCAAAAAAGAAGCCAAGUCUUACAGAGAUAAAAAUGAAAAAGAAAGAACUGCUUUAGAAGAUAAACUUUCUUUAAAGCACAAAUAUAGAGGAGAUGGUAUUCACAAGUCAGGUGAAGAUGCUGAACUUCAUUCAUCUGAGCGAAGUUUGAAAGGAGAGGAUGGUGGCCAGAAACAUAAUCAACAAAUAAAGGUUUCCUCAGAUGACAAAUGUGAAAGAAAAAGUAAGCACCGAAGUGAAAGGAAAGUAUCAGUAACAGGAAAAGAUGGAAAAACCCCUUCUGAAUCAACCUUAAAAGGUGAAGAAUUGCUGAGGAAAGACAACAAGAAAGACAGACAUCUCUCGACAGACAAACCAAGGGCAGAAUGCAAGACCAAAAGGUCCUUGAGUGAUUCUAAGCCACAGAAGGAUUCCCUAAGUGCCUCAAAGCAACCUGGUUCAGCAUCACACAGAAGGAGCGAGAGCUACUCAGAGGAUAAACAUGAAAUAGAAUCAACUAACUCUGAUAGUAAUGUAAAACUUGAGGAUGGUGUUCAUAAAGAUAGGCGAAGAUCUAAGAGCCUUGCAGAAGACAAGAUUUCGUUAAAGUCCAAGUCAAAGGGUCAUAAUAAACAGUUCAAAGCAUCUGAAACAGAAUUACAGGAAUUAACAAAAGACACUGGACAGAAACUGGACAAAGAGAAGAGCCUGGAAGACAAUGAUUCAGAUAAACAACACAAAUCCAGGAAUGAAGAUAAAGGUUUGGAGGAGAGUGGUGCUGAGAUUCAGCUUGCAAGUGGCCCACAGUCAGCUCAGGGAUCGCAAAAAGACCUUAGUCACAGAGUUAAGUUACAUUCUGGAGAAAAAGGGGCUGUGAAAGAGAAACACAGAGGUGAUAAAGAUUUAAGUAAUUCCAAACUAGAAAGAAGAUUCUCUGCUGAAGGUCAUAAAAGCAGAAACUUAAAGCACAGCAAUAAGGAAAUAAAGAGGAAGGAGGAGAGUGUCAAAUUGGAAGAUAAAGAUACUAAAGAAGUGGAUAGUGGGCAUGAAAGAUUAUCUAAUGUCACAAUGGCAGCGGAUAAAAAACAAAGCAAGAAGGUAUCCUGUGAAAACAGAAAAGGCAGUAUAUCAAACCAAGAUUUGCUUAAGGAAGAAAAGCAAUCAGCUAGCACAACUGAAGGCAGCCAGGUUCUACCCCCUCAAAAGGCAACUAUGAAUAAUGAUGACUUGCAUGCUGGUCAUGGGGAAGAGCUGAUGGAACUCGAUUUGAAAAAAACAAAAGCACAGGAAGCAUCUAACAUUGGUGGAAAAAACAUUCAAAACUCUCUCCAAGCCACAGAUGGCAAGUGUGCAGUAAAACAAAAAGGAUCUCGUUCUAUUUCAAACAAGGAGUUAAAACACAGCUUGGCAGAUCCUGAAGCUUGUGAAUCACCGUUUCUGCCUGCAGCUGAAAAGACUGUUGAACAAGAAGAUAGUUCAAAUAAACAAGUUGGUGCCUUAGACCCUUUGUCCAAAAAAGCUUCCAUGGCUCAAGGACCCAGUAAACAAGGGGCUCAUAAAACAAGUAUUGUGUAUGAAGCAAGUAGUAGAACCUUAAAGAAUGUGUCCAGUAAGGAUCAGGCUUCAAAAGAUAGCAGAAGACCAAAGAACUUAAAAACUGUGAUAAAUUCUAAUUCAGAUGAUGUUCCUUUAGCAGUUAAUUCUUCAAGAGAAGAUGCUGCUGAUGCAAAGUCCAUGGAUACGGAUAUCUCAGAUUUUACAGAUUCUUUAGGUACCAUGUCUAAAGAAUGCCACAAUUCAGAUGGGACAUCCUUAUUGGAAGAUGCUUUCAUUUUGAAGAAUGAUACAGGACAGGUUGUAGACAUGGAGCAAGAUAGUGCAGUGCCAAGUUCUGUCAUGAAAGGUGAUGGUGACAACACCAGCAUGGCAAACAGUCUGGAAAAAGUUAAUGAGGUGUCCCGGGCUGAUGAACAGGCAAUGGAAGACCGUACAGCUGGGCCAUGUAGACGAGAGGAUUACAAUGAAGCAGCAAUGUUAGAAAGCUCUCAAUACAGGGAGUUAAAAAGAAAAGAGGAAAACUUGGUGUCUGACAUAACUGAAGAUCAUGGAGAUGUAACAACAAAAGAACAUAUCCUAAGAAGAAAAGGAAGAGAGUGCUUGAAUGUAGAGCCUUCCACAAAGGGAGAAAGAAGCACCGUGAUGGAUAAUGUGGAAAAGAACAAGGUGCAGGACACUGAUGAUACGAUCCAGUCUUCCUCUGUUUUAGUGCCUGAAAGAAUUCCUGAGGAAAGUUUCAAAGGCUCUGCUAUAGCCAAUGGGCAAGAAGGGACUAAUGUGGUUGGCAUGGAAGACAAAAAUGAAAGUAAUGCUGUAGGUACCAGUGCAGGAAGUAGUAAACUCAGUUCAUUGUACAGCAGCCUACAAAAAAAUCCAGCCAGUGUGAUAGGAACUAGCACAGAAAAUAUCACUGAAAGCACUGCAAUGGCAACUAGCACAGGAGGAGAAAGAGCUGAGGGUGCAUCACAUUCUGGGAAGGACAGUGUUGCUACAACCACUUGCUCAGAAGAAGAAAGUGAGGUGACAGUAAUCUGCACAAGCAUAGAGGCUGAUGAAGGUUUCACAACAGGCACAUGGGUAAAACACAGUGAGGGCUGCAGUUCUGUCACGGGAGCAGAUAUUGGUGAUUGUACUGUUGCAGCAGCUGAAGAAGGUGGUGGCAGUGUUGUCACUGAAGGAUUAGCACAAAGUGAAAGCUUCCUAACAAGUACAGAAGGAGAAGAAAAUGGUGAUAGUACCAUGGUUGAUGCAGAAGAAGAUGGUAAGGAUUCAGUGAACCCAAGUGGAGUCGAAAUUGAAGACAGUGUGAAUAGUGCUGGGACAGAAGAAAAAGAUGAUGCUGUGACUAGUGCAGGCUCUGAAGAAAAGCAAAAGACCUCAACUUGUGUAGAUACAGGCAAAUUUGAAAGUUCUGUGUCCUGCUUAGCUGAAAUGGAGAGCGAUGGAGCUGUAACUAGUGCAGGGACAGAAACAGGUGAAGGGUCAACCAGUGGUGAUAAUUCAGGUGAAUUUAGGGGCAAUGUAACAGCUGGCCAAGUAAAAGAACAUGAAGGUACUGUGACUUGCACAGGAGCAGAAGAAAGAGGUCGUAACUUCAUCAUCUGCUCUGUGACUGGAACAGACACCCAAGGAGAAAACACUGUUACAGGUGCAUGUAUUGCAGUGGUCGCAAACAACAGUGCUUCGGCUGGAACUAGCAGUGACAAAUCUGAGGAUACUGUAACUGGUGAAAGUGCAGUUACCAGCACAGGCAUAACCCCAGAAGAUGAUGCUGAAAUUUCAGCAGUCUGCACAGGGCUAGAAGACAGCAGCGAGGGAUUUGUAGUUUGUUUAGAAGCUGAAAAAUGUGAAAGUCUAAUGGACAGUACAAGAGCAAAGGAAGAAGCCAGUAUCACUACAGUCAGUGUAGGUCUGUGUGAUGAUGAGGGUUUUGUGACUAGUACAGGCUCAAAAGAAGAGGAUGAAGAAGGAGAGGAUAUUGUGACCAGUACAGGAAGAGGAAAUGAAGAAAAUGAGCAUGCUUCUACUUGUACAGGAGUGGAAAGUGAAAGUGCCCUAAUUUGUAUAGGUGCAGAAGAAGGAGAAAGUUCCAUUAUCUGCAUAGUUGCUGAACAAAUGGAAGCUGAGUCAGGAGUGGCUGGCACAGAUAUGAAUAAGCUUACUGUCGACAGCAUGACAAGUGCAGAGAAAGAAGCUAAUUGUGGAACAGACUACAAAAAUGAUAAAGGCAUUGUUGAAAGCAGUGUGACCAGUGUGAGUGCUGCAGAUGAGGGUGCCUUAGCCGCACAGAAAGGAAAGCACGAAGGUAGCUUGCUUCCCUCAGAUGCUGAGGAAUGUGAGGGUCCCAUGACUAGUGCUAUGGCAGUGCAAGAUAAGACACAGUUUGGUGCUGAAGACAAACAUGAGAAUGCCAUGACUUCCUUUGACAGCAGAGAACUUGAUGCCUCUAUAAGUAGUGCAGUUCCAAAGAAAGAUGAGACUACUCUUGCUCCUGCUGACAGAGAAGUAAAAGUAAAAGGUGAUGUCAUCUCUACCAGCACAGUGGAAGAUGCUCCUUUACAUUCAGCCACAGAUGCUGAGGAAGGUCCACUUGCUGUUGCAAGAGUAAAUGAAAGUGGGGAAAGCUCUAUGAUCUUAGUAGACACUGAAGACACAGUGCCUAUGCCCAGCACAGCUACAGAGUUUAAAGAGUGUGUGAAUACUUCUAGCAGUAAGCAGGAUAAAGAUGAGUGCACUAUGAUUUCCACCAGUAUUGUGGAGGAAUUUGAGGCUCCUAUGUCAAGUGCAGCUGUUGAGUAUGAUGGUCAGCUCCCCUCUGUGAAAACAGAAGAAACAGAUGGGAAUGCUAUGGUUUCCAUAGAUAUGGAGGUGUAUGAGGUUCCCAUGCCUAGUGAACCCAGCACAGGAGGAGAUGAUAACAGUGGUGAUGGAAGUCACCCAACUGCUAGUGGUAAGGAAGAAAAGGAUGAGUGUGCUAUGAUUUCCACAAGUGUUGUGGAAGAGCAAGUAAUCCUGAUGUCAAGUGAAGUCACAGAAGAGGUGAUUCAAAGUAUCUCAGACACUGAGUCGAAGAAUGAAACGCUAAUGAUCUCUACAAGUACAGCAGAAUGUUUUGAAGCUCCUAUGUCUAGUGUAGCUAUGCAAGAUGAAAACAAACUCACUGCUUCAGAAACAGAAGGGAGAUAUGAAGCUGCUAUGAUCACUACAAGCAUGACAGAAGAAUGUGAGAUAGUCCUGAUCAGUGCAGCACCACAAGCUGAAAGUCAGCUCAUUGUAGCAGGAGAUGAAGGUGCUAUUCUCUCACCAAAUGCAUCAGAGGAAUGUAGGGUGGUGGAGACCACUGCAACUGUAGAUGAACAGUUUGGACUAACUGCUUUCAAUGCAGAUGGGAAAAGCAAAGGUUCUGUGAUUUUUGUGGGAAAAUGUGGAGCUCCUGUGCUAGGAGUUGCAACUGACAGUGAAGAUCAACACACUGCUUCAAAUAUAGAAGAGAAGGAGGAGGGGGCAGUGAUCACUCUGAGCACAAUGGAAGAAUGUGAUAGUCUCUUCACCUUUACAGUCAUAGAAGAAAGUCAACUUGCUACUGAAAGUACAGAAGUAAAAGACAAAAGUGAAGAAAUUUUUAAUACUUCGAACCAGAUUGAAUGCAUCCUUUCAACUCCAGACCCAGAAAAAAGUGGGAAUUCUUUGCUUGUUGUUGGUAGAGAGAAUGAGACACAUGAGAGUGGGGUGAGGACUGAAUCGGCAGCAUCUCAGGCCACAGCAGACAGUGAAAUCACAGAAACAGAUGAAAAUGCAGUCAACCUCAUGAGUGUAGAUGAGGCCCUUUGCGUGGAGAUUAGUACAGAAACUGCUGAGAGCCCUUCCCCAGAGGCAGGUGAGGACAGUGAGCAAGCUGAAGAUGUUUUGCAUGAGGAUGUUUCCUCGGAACCCUCUAGUAGGAUUUCAGAAGCAGUGAGAGACAGCGAAGCUGUAAAGAAUGUAAACGAUAAAUUAAAUUCAAACACACUUUCAGAAAGUGACUUUUCUGAAAUAAGAACUCCCCUGCCUAAGACACAGGAUCUUUCCUUAGUUUCUGCAAAUGAAGUGACUGUAAACACCAGCCAUGGUGAAGUAACAAUAGAAGCAGGACUAGGGAAAAAAAGGGACCUCACUUUGUUGCAUGUAGAAAAGCUAAAUGACAGUGAUGACAAAACCAACUUGGUUAAAACAGAUGAUACUGGCAUUGAAGUUACUUUUCAGAAAAGUAAUGCAACCUUUAAAUCAGGCAAUAAUGCAGCCGUACCAAAGUUGGCAGAAGACCUGGAAAGUACCGUGAGAACUGACAAGUCACAACAGCCUGAAAGUGCAAGAAGGGAAGAGGGAUGUGUGGAUCUUCAAACUAAGGAAUUGCAAAAAGAUGUGCUGCAGAGGAAUAUUCCUUUAGAAACUUCUCAUGUGGAAAACUUGGCUACCCAGAUAACUGAAGAACAUAGAUCUAGAGGAACGCAAUGUAAAUCUUCAGAAACAAUGGAUAAAGAAAAAUGCAACCAGCUGAUUGCUCAGGAUGUGCUAAAAGAUGAUGAACAAAGUCAAUGUUUCAAAAUGAAACCUGGUAACGUCAAGGAAGUUACUUCAGGUGAUGCAGCAGAAGCAUCCAAAGAAAUUGAUGUAACACAAACACCUCCUAGAAGUACUGUAGAAGAAAAAGAUGAAUUUAACGUUGAACAGGAAAUGUCUGAAAAGAAAAAGCACAGUCUAGAAUCAAAUGAAAAUUCUCCAGAGGAAAAUCAGCCUGUAGUAGUGAAACGCAAAAGGGGACGGCCUCGUAAAUACCCUCUUGAAGCAGUACAGCCUGGUGGUGGGGAGUCAAAAGCUGAUAUGAGCACUGGGAAUCUGCAAACUCCUACCUCUGCAAGUAGAGGGAAAACACCUCAAACAGGUACAGAUAUAUCUAAUAAGAAAGAGACAACAAAUGAAGAUGAAGCUGAGAAAGCAGAAAUGGUUGUGCGUAAAAGGGGAAGAAAGCCCAGGCGUUCUCUGCCUCAGUCAGAGGAAACGGAAACACCGGAGCCAGAGAAGAAACGUCGGAAAUUAACAUCUUCUGAAGAUGAACUAAAAGAGCAAGAGGAAUGUGAGGAAGAGGAUGGAGAGGAAGAUGAUGAUGCACAUUCUGGGGCCACGACUAGAUCAGCUACAAGAUUAGAGGCUCAAAGAAAACAGUCCAGCAAGCCAACCACACGUGCAACUUCUAAAGGCAGCAGUCCAAGUUCAGUUUCUCCUAGAAAACGACAGAAACUAGCAGCUAAAAAAAGAUCUCCAAGUGAUACAAAAAUGAAUAAAUCUCAUCCAUUGACACAGUUAAAGGUGCAGUCUGCCAAGCGUAAAAGGGAGGACAGCCCGACAGUGGUACGGAGAAAAGGCCAGCAGAAAACAGAGGAGACGCCACUGAAGAAAGCAAAACGAUAAUCUCUACCAGCCAGUACUCUUCUUGGAAGAGUCAAAAGGAAAACAAACAUCUGUGCUUCUAUUUUUUUUAAAGGAAAGGGAUUUGCACGUGCUUGUUUCGGAGCUCUAAGUUAAACAAUGCAGUACUUUUAAGUUACAUUUUAAACAGCUUUAUAAACUAUUGUUUAUACAGAAUAUUAUGUACAUUUAUUUCAGAUGAAAAAUAAGUUUACUUUGUAACUGAAUGAAAAACAAAGUAGUUAUAUAUUUUAUCACUGACUUGGAAAGUUGGAGUUUCCCAAUGUGACAUGCUAAUGCAGAUGCUUCCAACCCAUAAGGCACCCCCAUGUGCCUACUAAUACACUUUGUACAUAAACUUGUAAAAAUAGGUUGUAUUUUACUCUGUGUAUGAAUCUAAUCAAUGAUGGACAUUUUAUUUAUUAUAUGGAAAGCAUUGGUCUGUAAACUUUAGUAUAUACCUUAGGGUUUUUUAAUUAUAUAUUUUACAUUCUAUGCAGAUGUCAGUAGGAAACUUCCCCUCUGCUCCCCCAGGGCUGUCUAAAAUCUGAAGUUCUCUAAAAUAUGCUCAGACAGUUGGUAAAAUAUUUUUCUCGCAUGCUUUAAAGUAGUUUAGCAUAGUGAAAGGGACUUGGCUCCUUUCUGUUCACAUUUGUGACAAAGUAUGACAUUUAAAAUGUAAUCUUACUAGAUUAUAUUUUCACUUAUAAAUUUACUACCAACUUCAAAAAGUAAAUAGUACUAGGUUAGAUUUAUUCACAGUCAACCAAUAUCAUCCGAAAAUGAAACAGUUUUAUUUUGCAACUAAAUACCUGUUCUUUCAGUAUUUAUCUUUUUCAACAAAGAGGGACCCAUUGAAAUGAAAAGUCACUUCUAACUAUAGAGCUUCAGCAUUUUAUGUUACAUUUUAUACACAGGUAUUAAAAAUAGAAGCUGGUAUUAUUGCCAGAAUCUUUUUUAAUGUAUAUGAACUCUGGUAAGAGCAAAUGUUCAAGUGAAGUUGUAUAUAAAGUUAAACUUUUCUUAUGAUCAAA